AUGAAGUGAGAGUAUAUUUGUUUUUGAUUAAGAAAUAAGGCAGCUAUAAACUGUAUGCCUGGAUACAUUGGACAGGUUCAUAAAUCUGAAGGUGAAGCUGCCAGUGUUGCUGCUUUUGGCCCUGCCUGUUCUGCACACCGAAGAUGAAGCUCUCAGUGCUGUUGCUACCGGCCCUGCUGACUAUGUCUUCAGCUGGUCUGCAAGACUCCAGCCUGGAAUGGCAGACCUCGUCUGGCUCUCUCCCAUCUGGUGCCGUUUCAAUUUACAAUGGAAAUGCCGCUCGCUACGACUAUGUCUGCCAAUACAGGUGCUCAUCUGGCUUCUACAACCCCAACAUGGGUCAUUACUGCCACUACCCCUUGUCAGGGAAAGAGAAUCUUGCCAGCUCAUUUGAGUUCCUGGUAAACAAAGACAACUUUGAUGUUUUAGAAUGGAAGGAUGGCUCCUGGGGUUCAGUGCCUCAAAAUGCAGUCUACACAUGCUCCCCCGGAGACACAUAUGUUGGGUUGAACGAGUAUGGUCUUGGGAAGGUGCAUGUUAAACACAAGGCCUUCUUCCUUCCCUGGAAAGGUCAUGAGUAUUGGUACAAGAACUACCAGGUCCUGACCAUCAACAAAGAAAUAAACAGCGAGCACAUGUCCAAUGUCAAUUACAACACUAAUGUUAAAGUCUUCCAGCAUCCUCCAGAGACCAUGACCAAGUCCAUCAUAACCAACAAUGAGUGCAGCCCAGUUGUGAAAAGAGUUGAGCUCUCAAAAACCUACAUGGAGGAGAAAAGGUGGGACACCAGCACUGCCAUCACGACUGGGGUCAGUAGUAGCAUCACCGCCCAAAUCCCAUUCAUCGGCUCUGCAGAUAUUGCGCUCAGCGUUGAAACAACAAAGCAAUUCUCCAGUGGAACCACUGUGGUGGAGUCGAAAACCUACUCUGUCUCUGUGGAGCAAACUGUCCCACCAAACCACUCCUGCAGUGUCAGUAUGGUGGGAUAUAAGUAUAAGGCAGACAUCCCCUACACAGCUCGCCUCAGCCGCACCUACAGAAACGGGCAGACGACAUGGACGUCCAUCACUGGGACCUACAAGGGCGUCAACGUUGGAGAAGUCCACUCUGUUGUGGAUCGCUGUAAACCUCUACCCAAUUCCAAGCCUUGUCCCUGAAAGAAAAAUAUAAUCUUAAGAUAUCUGACAUAAUCAAUGUUAAAUAUUGGUGAAAAUGAAAAAUGUACUAUACUAAUUCUAGUUAUAAUUGGCUGGGCAAAAGGAUAGGAGUGGUGAAGGAGGAGUCAAGAAAGCUUCCCUGAGAUGACAUAUCCAAUGAUUUCAGCAGAACACUGAAAAAUUACUAACUUUUCAGGGCUUUUUCAUUUUUCAUUUUGAGCUUUAUAUAUUUCUCUGUUAAGUCCCACUCAGUAUUUUUUGGAACAUACUGUAUAUAUUGCAGUUAUAGUAAAAAUACAAUGAUGAUAAGUUUUUUUUUUUUUUUUAUUACAAAUGAAUGUAGGCUUACAAUAAAAUGAUUUAUAUGUGUAAGGAAUUGUAUUGUUACCUCUAUUUAAUAAUAAGAGGAAGUUAAGCCAUAGAGCUUUUAUUGUGAAGGGGAAAACAGAAGUGGUGAAAUGUUGUGAUAAGUUUCCAUUGAUUGUAUUUUUGAUUAAUAAAAGAGAAGACAUGCAGUGCCGUCUUGGUUCAGACAUUAAAGCUUGUGUUUUCAUUUUAUAGUUUCAUAGUAUAGUAUAUAGGUGACAUACAAAACCCUUUGUUACAUAUGUGUGCAUGUAUGAGGAAGCAUUUUUCUGAUUCUUGAAUGAUUAUAAUAACUACAGUAGCGA